AUUGAAGUCGACGGAGCUGCAGUCAGAUGAGCGACGCCGAGGCAGUAUGGAGGUUGAAGCAGCUGCGGUUGCUCUGGUCCCGGCAAUGAAACCAGUUGCAGACGGUGCAAGGUCUGAAUCAGCGAUAGAAGUCCGAGUCUUGGCUGAAGUUGGGAUUCGAUCACCGCUUGUAUGGUUCAGGUAAGUGAAGAACAAAAUUUGUUCUUUGGUAUUAUUGGUAUUGGAUAAGUUGAAGAAACAGAGUUCUUGGCUUAUGGAUAAUGGGUAAUCAGAAUUGGAUAUGAUUUGGGUAGGUGAAGAAACAGAGUUUCUUCUGGUACUGGUAUAUAGAUAUGAUAACUGGGUAAGAUGAAGAAACAAAGUUCUUCUCUUGGUAUUUUUGGUAGAGUUUCUGCUCAAUCUUUGAGCAAAAAAAGGUUGGUAUAUUUUCUGGGUAUUUCUGGGAAAAACAGAAGAACAAAGUUCUCUUGGAUUAAGUGAAGAACAAAAUUGUUCUUGGUAUUUUCUGGCAGCGGAAUGUGGGUAUGGGUAUGGGUAAAUCUAGAAUUCUAGAUAUGGGUAUCGGUCUCAAGAGCAGAACGCUUUGAUACCAUGUCAAGAAUAGAGGUAUGGUAUAAUUCCCAGAUGUAUUCUUCUCCAAACUGGAGGAUAUUUAUACUAGUACAGAUUAACCUAUACCUAAGUAUGAAAGGAGAAUACAAUAGUAGAGCUAUGUAUGAAAGAUAAAUACAAAGGUCAUGCAAUACGGCUGCAUUAACUACACAAGUGAUUAUGUCAGUUGUUGGAGCAGUAGUCCAGAUUUGCUGCUUGAAUGGAGCAGCUCACUCAACAAAAGGCUGACGAAAUUUCCAGAGGAAGUGCAAGAACAUAUGAUGUAGUUACCAGUGGUAGAGAUCAGGCCUCCGACAUUCCAAGACAAUUUUACUGCCCCAUAUAUAAGGAAGUGAUGAAGGAUCCAUAUGUAGCAGCUGAUGGAUUUUCAUAUGAGCGACAAGGCAUAGAGAGAUGGUUGCAAACCGGGCACGAGACAUCACCAAUGACCAAUCUGAAGCUCGAGAAUAAGAUUCUCACCCCUAAUGGUACCCUUAAGCUUCUUAUCAAAGACUGGUACCGUGAAAGAUCAGUUCCUCAUCCAAAUCCAUAA